ACGAGCCAUCAAACUAGAGCACCGCACGCUGCAACCCGUUGCCAUGUCUACUUGAAUGUAGAAAGCGUCGCUAAAUUCUCGACAGUAGCGUCCAAAAAAGCUUUAACUAAUGCGUGUUGCCACGUUUUUCUCCUGACAAAUUUUUAAAACUUCAAAUUCUAUGUCGUCUUUCCACUUGCUUUCUACUUGUAUAAAUCUGAUAGUUUCAGAAAAUCGGGUUUUCAGGGUACAUUUCUUCAAUUCCUCCCCUUUUAUCGCCGAUUAUGGAUCUUUCAAUUCAUCUUCGCCAUUAAAGCUUCUUCGACCUACAGUCGGAGCGUCGUUCUCUCUUUUCCAAUCUUAUUAUUGCUUCUGAUAACCAGUAACACUACUGCUUUCAAGGAAUUUUCCAGCGUUACUAAUCCAUGGCAGUCGAACAGCAGUUUGAUUAUAAAUCUAAAUCUGAUCUAGUCACUCCAAAAGACGCAGACAAUCUAAAUGGUUCCUUUGAGUGCAAUAUCUGCUUGGAUUUCGCAAAUGAACCUGUAGUCACCUUAUGUGGGCACCUGUACUGCUGGCGGUGCAUCUAUAAGUGGUUUCUUGUGCAGAGCGCCUCUCUUUCUUCAGACGAGUAUCCACAAUGUCCAGUUUGUAAGGCCGAAAUUUCUCACACAACUGUGAUCCCACUAUACGGCAGAGGUCAAUCCCCGAACAACUCUAAAGAUCUCACCCAGGGUUCAGGAACACCUCCACGACCACCAGCUUGUGGAACCCGUGCACUGUUGAAUGCUGCGUCUCAAUCUAGGCACCAGCUUCUUCCAUUUCGUAAUCCUUAUCAACCACCCCAUGUUCAGAGUUCUAGUCCGCCUGAAGAUCAAGCGAUUUCUUCGUCAUUGUUCAACCAAACAAGUGCUGUGAUGUUCGGGGAAAUGGUGUACGCUAGAGUGUUCGGAAACUCGCAGAGAUUGUACGCAUAUCCGAAUUUCUACACUACAGUCGGGGGUAGUAGCUCGAGGUUAUUAAGGCAAGCUGUGCAUAUUGAUAAAUGUUUGAGCAGAGUUUCAUUUUUUCUUGUGUGUUGUGUGAUUCUUUGCCUGUUCUUUUUCUGAUUGUGCUGACACUUUUAGGGCAGCAGAUCCUUAUUUGUAACUUUCGUAUAGAAAAUAUUGUUAUUAGGACUCCGAAGUUGUGACACAUAGCUUUAUCUGAACUUAUUUUUGCUGAAUUAGUAUAGACCAAAGAGCAUAGCUUCAUCAUUUACUUCCUACUUCCUUUUUUCCCCUUUGAUGUUCUCAAGAUGAAUGUUUACUUAAAGAAGAAAGAAAUUCGUACAUGAUUUUUUUUAUA